AGUUUACCCAUUAAUGAGGCUCGGCAGCCAUCUGGCGUUGCUUGGCAACACAGCAAACAACAUGGCGAAGUUUGUGCUUGCAGGCAGAGCAAAUUGCCCUUAUUUUGCCAAAUGUGAACUUGUGGCAGACCAUCUUUCACAAAGCUUGCCAGAUUUCAAGGUUCAUAAGAUUAUCAAACAUCCUGAAGAUUGGCGGCCAUGGCUUCAAUCAAUAUGUGAAAAAAAUAACUGGAAGCAUGAACAUUCCCCAAUCAUAUGGAGAGAACUUGUAGACCGUGGAGGAAAGGGAUCAUUAUUAGGUGGAUUCAGUGAAUUUAUGGAGUAUGUGCAGAGUUACUAUGGUUUUAUUUCUGAUAUGCAAACUGACCUCAUGAUCAAAAUUGCAAAGGAGAACUUCAAGACUUACCUGAAGGAGAUGGAAGAAGAGAAAAAGAAAAGAAGCCUAAUAAAACCAAUGUCAGUCUGGAUUAGUGGAGCAUUAAAUCCUGCUUGCUACGUUCUGAUUCCCUCCUUGCUGAGUGGAGAGAUAUUUGGUGAAGACAAGCUUAUCAGCUUAAACCUGUUGGACAUUGACGGCUCCAUGUCAAGUUUAAAUGCCUUACAAAUGGAGGUUGUAGACAUGGCCUUCCCGCUACUUAAUAAAGUAUCAGUGCAUAAUUCCUUAAGAAAAGCUUUCAUGGAUGCUGAAAUUAUCAUUAUUCUCAACGAUAUUGUACCAGAUGAAAAUAAAUCAUUGGAAGACUGCUACAAAGACAUGGUCGAUCUUUACCAAGAUAUUGGAGAUAGGAUUGACACUUUCGCAAAAUUUGAUGUCCGUGUGAUUGUUGCUGGUGAGCACAUACUGAAUUUGAAAAUGCACAUCCUCCUGGAGAGUGCAUUUUCUGUCAAUCAUCAUAAUAUUGUAGCGGUUUCAACUCAAAUUGAAGGAGAAGCCAAGGCACAAAUAGCUAAGAAAUUGAAUGUGAAUACAUUAGAUGUGAAAGAUGUAAUUGUUUGGGGAAACAUCGGUAGAAGUACUUACAUUGACUUGCAUAGCGCGCGUGUUCAUCGAUACGAAAGCGCUGUCUGGGGCCCACCUGAGUUUUCGCACCCUGUAUUGGAGGUACUAAAUGACAGUAAAUGGAUAGAGACAGAAUUCCGGGAAGCAGUAAAUUCUCAUCGAUCAAUGGUUCAGAAGAUAUCAAAGCGUCCUUUAGGAUUUUCUUUGGCGGCUGCAAUAUACAAAGUCUUACAUUGCUGGUAUUUUGACUCACCAACGGGGGAGAUAAUGUCUCUUGGAGUUGUCAGUAAAGGUGACUUCAAUAUUCCAAUGGAUCUCAUCUUCUCUGUGCCGGUUCGAUUUUGUGGUGGCAAGUGUGUGAUCCAGACAGACAUCAAAAUCAGUGAGGAGACCAAAAAAAUGCUGAAGUACAUUGUUCAAGAACUGAAAAUGGAACAACAAUUAAAUUUCUCUUCCAUAAAUGAAGGGGAGAUGGAGUCCAGUCUCUUAUCUUUGGCAGAACUACAACAUGUAUCAAAAUUUGAAGACUUAAGUCCGGAGGAAAAUUCAGAUGUUGGAGAAUAACCAUGUGCAAGCAGGCACUGAACAAUAUUUGAUGUUCUGCAACUCCAGAAGUUUAAAACAGUGGAUAUAGUUUUAUUCACCAAGUUGUUAAUUAUUAAAUGCUACUUAAUUAACCCAUGACUGGAUUGUUCUACUAGGUUGACUUUAAAAUCCUUUUUCGCUUAUUCAGGUUUUCUUGAAUGCUUUUAGAUGGAAUAGUGAACAUUAAUGAUAUUAGGAUGCCUGGAGAAUACAAUGAAUCAGUGCUCAUGAGUACUGUAAAAUGAUUAGUGAUAGUAUCAUUUUAGUGACUUACAUUGAUUCACCUCAAAUGUAGUUAUCGGUCAGUUUACUAUCCAGUAUAGCUGAAGAUAUCACAAAAGCACAAGGCUUUGAGGAAAAAGGUAUAAAGACUGCAUGGCCAAACGUUAAUCAUUCAAUGUAUUCCAUUCAUCACCAUCAUGCAUUUUCUGGGAAAGACAAGAAAUUUUAAGAAAAUAUCUCUAUGACUAACCUCAGGGAAAACUGCUGGAAGAUUUAGAUCUUGCAUGGUAAGGUAUCAACUAUCAUCCAAGAUCAGUAAUAUAAACUAAGUAGCAUUUUUUUCAAAAUACACAUUUUAAAAUAAACAGUACCCUCUCCUCUCAGACAGUAUCACUUCUUACCUCUUCUACAGUCCUCUGUGGGUACCAAACAGACACUUGUUUACUCAUUCUCUCUGAUGCCUUCUUGAACAAUUCAUUGAACAUUGCAUUCUGAAAUGUACAUUUUUAUGAGUUUAAGCCCCUCAAUAAUAUCUCUCCUCCCCACUGCCAGAUCCCAGCCCCAUGUUUCUGAAAAAAGUUUCUGUAAUUCCACCCUUGCACUCCAAAAAGCAAAAGCUGGGUCUCAUCUGUGUUCCAAGUGCACCCUUUCCCUAGACCCUUUGAUACCUGACUAAAAUUAGGCUCAAUACUCCCAAAUUGUUGUGCAGCUCGGUUUACUUGUUAACCAAUUUAUCUUCACAUAAGCAAUCAAGUUCAUAAAAGAUGAUUUCACAGCUGAAUCCAAAUUCUUUAUCCAAAUACUGCAAAAUCUGUUUAAUAUCUUGAAAAAGACAUGUAGGAACUGAUUUAUAAAAUAAUCAUGCUCACUAUCUCAAUUUCUAUUUUGUUAUGAAGUAAUAUCUUUUCCAUCAACUUAACACAAAUGUGUAUGUUUAAUGGAAUUGUCAUCAUUGAAUGAAGGAGCGGACAUUAAAAGCAGGAGCAGACCAUUUGCCCUUCAGGUCUG